AUGGAUGGCAAGACAUCAACGGUGCAUAUGAAGCAGAAUGGUUCUAUAAAGAAAGUUAAUCUAUUCCAAAAACGUCCGAACCAGCGAGACGGGGAAGUUAAAACGGUGAAGAUGGCUACGGCGACAGAAAACGACGAUGAGGACGACGAUGCUUAUUUGCAUAGGCAUUCAGGGAGAAAUGAGCUGCUGUCGAAGUCUGCAAUGCUUCUUUCAGUGCGGAAAACGCUUCCAGUGUUCCAAAACAGAGGCGAGAUCAUGAAGUAUUUGAAUGCCAACCAGGUCACAGUGCUUAUUGGGGAGACAGGUUCCGGUAAAUCCACUCAAAUCCCACAGUUCAUGUACGAAAAUUUGCAGCGGAACUCGAAGGGCGGGUCUAUUGCGGUGACACAGCCACGUAGGGUUGCUGCUAUCAAUUUGGCCACACGUGUAGCAAGUGAAUAUGGUUGCAACGUCGGAGAUGAGGUUGGUUACUCGGUAAGAUUUGAUAAUACCACAUCGCCCAAGACUCGGUUGAAAUAUCUCACAGAUGGUAUGCUUCUAAGAGAGCUCAUGAUGAAUAAAGAGCUGAAGGAAUACAGCGUUAUAAUCAUUGAUGAGGCACACGAAAGAACGAUGCUCACGGAUUUAAUCCUCGGUUUUUUGAAGUCGCUGAUCCAGGGUCCUCGGCCUGAUUUGAAGAUCGUCAUCAUGUCUGCUACUUUACAGGCAGAGACUUUUAGCAACUUUUUUGGUGGGUGUCCCAUCCUGUUCGUCGAAGGUAGAAAAUUCCCUGUGACACAAUACUAUCUUCGCGCACCAACUGAUGAUAUAGUGGAUAGCAUUAUUCGGUGCUGUGUCCAGAUAAAUCAAGGGGAACAGAUGGGUGACAUCUUGUGUUUCCUACCGGGUCAGGAGGAGAUUGACAAAGCUGUCAUGAUUUUGAAUAAGGUGAGUCACAUUAUCGCCAAGGAAAAUUCCGUGCCACUGAUGGUUGCUUACCCGCUGUAUGCAGCUCUCCCGCCUGCUAAACAAGCUUUUGUCUUCAAUCCCGUGAAAGGUUUCAAAAGAAAGGUGAUAUUUAGUACGAAUAUUGCAGAAACUUCGGUUACAAUAUCCGGUGUCAAGUUUGUCGUGGACGCAGGUUUACGGAAGGUGAAAGUAUGGAGACAUCAACUUGGGCUUGCCACUCUGUUGACCGUUCCUAUCUCUCAGGCAAGUGCAAUGCAAAGAAGUGGUAGAGCUGGUAGAGAAAGUUCCGGUAAAUCAUUUCGACUGUAUUCCGAGAAUGACUACGCCAAGCUACCGAUGCAGACAGAACCUGAAAUAGCCAGAAGCGAUGUGACAUCACCAGUCUUGAUGCUCAAAAAAUACGGUGUCGACAAUAUAGUGAACUGGAACUGGUUUGAAAACCCGGGGAAAGAUGCUGUCAUGAUGGGGCUGCAGGAACUGUACCAGCUUGCGGCACUAGACGAUUUUGGUAAAAUUACUCCGAAGGGUGAACAAAUGUCCCUCCUCCCCGUGCAACCUCAUUUAGCAGGGGUCUUGAUCAAAGCCAGCGAGUACGCGUGUUUGAGUCAAGUCAUCGAUAUCGUGUCAUGUUUGAGUGUAGAAAAUUUACUGCUGAAUCCACAACCGGAGCAAAGAGAUGAAGUCAAUGAAAGGAGACUAGCUUCGUGUAAUGAGGGGAGCAAGUAUGGUGAUUUGAUAAUGUUGAAGGAGUUGUUCGAUAUCUAUUUCAACGAACUGAGUAAAAGCACGUCCGUAAAUUCGGAAAGGCAGGAUUGGUGUAAAGAGCUCUGUGUGUCCUACCGUGGAUUCAAGAAUGUGGUGAAAAUCCGUAACCAGCUACGAAUGUACUGUCGGAGGCUGUUCAAAGCCGAGGAGCUUGCUAAUACUGUUGGAGAACAGAAGCAUAAUGGCCUAGACAACACAGACAAAAUUGGUCAGAGCAAAGAAGAGAUUGGAAACAUUCUUAAAUGUUUCCUCACCGGGUUCACCAAAAACACGGCCAUCGGUAUGCCAGACCGUUCUUAUAGAACUGUUACUACGGGAGAGGCUGUGAGUGUUCAUCCUUCUUCGAUGCUGUUUUUGGAUAAGGCAUGUCCUGCUAUCAUGUACACAGAGUACGUUUUCACGACUAAAGGCUACGCCAGAAACGUAAGCAGAAUUGAAUUAUCGUGGCUGCAAGAGAUGGUCAGUCCGAGCGGUAACGUCGCCAAGAGGAAAGUCGUCGAGUGA